AUGAGCAAGAAGUUCUUAAAUACAGAAAUAUUAGUGGAAGCGGGUACAAAAAUGUUGCAAUUGGUGUCGAAUAAAUUUGAUGAGAUUGCCUAAUUAAAAUACCCGGUUGUCCCUCAGGUUUAACCAGGAUUCUUGAGAUAACAAUUUUCAGAAUAGCCUCCCUUAGAACCAGAAUCCCUCGAUAGCAUAUUAAAAGAAACUGAAACUAAAAUUUUCCCUGGACUGACUUUAUGGAGUCAUCCAAAUUUUUAUGCAUAUUACCCAUCAAACAUUACACAUGCUUCAAUAAUAGCAGAAAUAUUUGCUUCUGCGUUUGGAACACCUGGGUUUUAAUGGCUAGCUUCUCCUGCAUAAACAGAAUUGGAAAAUAUUGUAGUUGAUUGGGUAGUAUAUGGUUUAGAUUUACCUAACAAAUUUUUAAUGAAAAAUUAAGGAGGAGGGACAAUAGCUGGCACAGUUUCAGAUGCCAUCUUUAUUUCUGUACAUGUAGCUAAGAGAAGAAAGAUGAAGUAAUUGAAAAUAAAUACAGAUUCUGCAUAAAUUUGCAAAUUUGUAGGUUAUUAUGUCGAGAGUGCUCACGCUUGUGCUACAAAAGCAUUGCAUUUAAAGGAUAUAUAUUAUUAAAAGAAACUACCUGUUAUAUUUAACGAGGAAUUAUAAAAUUAUGUUGUAGAUUUAUAGAAGGCAAUAGAGAUAAUUGAGCAGGAUAUUAAAGAUGGGCUUAUUCCAUUUUGGUUAAGUUGUUCAUUUGGCACAACAGGAACUUGUGCAUUCGAUCCGAUAGAUAAAUUAGGUGAGAUUUGUUAGAAAUAUUAAAUUUGGUUCAAUGUGGAUGCCGCUUAUGCUGGGUCAUCUUGGCUUAUAAAUGAAUACAGAGAGAAAGCCAAAGGCUUAGAGUUUGCAGAUUCUAUAGAAAUCAACUUUGCAAAAUUGAUGAUGUGUGGGUUGACUGGAAGCUUAUUUUAUGUUAAUGAUAAAAGUGAAUUAGCUGAAGCUAUGGGAAAUAAGAUAGAUUUUGAGAUUUAUAAGAAUAAAUUCACCGAUAAUUAUGAUGUUUGGGAUUAUAAGGAUUGGCAGGUAGCUUUGGGUAAGAGAUUUAAUUCAAUUAAAAUGUUUUGGAUGAUAAAAAGCUUGGGAUUGAAUGGUAUGAAAGAAUAGAUUUAAUAGAAGAUAGAAGUGGCUAAUCAUUUCGAACAAUUAGUAAGAUCAUCUAACAGAUUCAGGAUAUUUACAAAACCAUAAUUGGGAUUAGUCACAUUUUUAUUGGUUCAUGAAGAUUUGACUACAUAAAAUAAAUUAAAUAGAAAAAUACAAGAGUUAAUAAAUUAAAACACUAUGCUUGGAUUUAUAAGUGGAUCAGAAAUUAAGGGUGUAUUUUAUCUUAGAGUGUCUAUUUCAAAUCACACAACAACCAAAGAGAAUGUAGAAGAAUUCUGGAAUCAUAUAUCAAAAUUAAGUGAGUAAUUAUGA